AUGGACUAUCUAUUGAAUCAAAGCGAUGUGAAUAUGAGGCACAUCCCGUAUAAAAAUGUCAUCAAUUCCACGGGGAAAGAGGAUCUUAUCAAAGUGCUCCUCAAUGGUAUCUGUCCAGAAAUCAGGGACCUGGAAGGGAAGGAGAUAACCGCUGAACGACUCGAACUCAUUCGUGAGAAACAGCUCAGAGAUGGAGCGGACCUGUGGCGUACCAACAGUGGCUAUCUAGACUUUGUUCUCGACGAUCGAAACAAAGAUUACUGGCGAGCUUAUGUUGGCCAGUCCAACAAUCCUAUGCUGAGGAUAAGCCAACAUAUCAGAAAUAUACGUGAUCGUAAGCGUGACAGCUUACAUUACUAUAUUAUAUGGAAGGGGGGCUACUUCAGGUCAGCAAAUUUCAUCCGGCUAUGGUCAAUACCAUAUAUCGGCAUUGAUUCACCAGAGAUUCAGCUUAUUGCCCAGAAUAUUCUUGAAGUAGGCAUGUGCUUUGCUUUUCAAUCCCUCCCUCCAGCAACCUUAGAAAGAAUCUUUGGAGAAGUGGUGGGCAGCCCUUACGCAGGUGUGGGACUCAACAUUGUCUCACCACUGUUUCAAGGAUCAAAUAUACGAGUAGAGGCACGCCAUCAUUUCUCUCAGCAAGUAGCUUGCUCCUCAGACCCUGAAAUCCGGAAUUGGCCAGCAUUUCGGGCACGGGAGAGAGCGAAGGAGGAAAGAAACGAGAAAGAAGGCAGAGCCUUCACAAAACCACCAAAGCAGAUGAUGAGACUUGAGGACGUCAAUUGUGCCCUUGCUUCUGCUAUUGCAGCAGAACCUGAUCUCUCACAUCUUCAACCUCCCGAUUUCAAGGGACGUGCACUGCGAGAAAUUCAUGACAAUCACCAAGUUGAUCUAAGAGAGCUGAAAGCGCUCACUGCUGUCAGAGUUUGCACUGACCUUGGACUUAAUGAGAUUCCUGCCAUGAUACCGCCAGAUGGGAAUGUCAAUGCAUAUAUUGGUAUAGUGCUUGAUCAUGUCCUACCAGGGAGUAAUAAAGAGGACUCCAUCUUUAGUCUACUUCCUUGGGGUAUUAAGGAAAGUGGAUUUAAUCAUGCAAAUUGCUUGAUUUGGGUUCACAACUUGCGCUUAUAUGAUGUCUCUUCCUUGUUGCAGGAGAGAAUCAGAUCCAUGAGUGCAGAGGAGUUUGAAAUUCUCCGCAACUUUAACCAUGGACUCAUCAAACAGAGCCAGCUAAAAGUGAUCAUCAUGUGUGGAUCCUUUGAUAAGAAUAUUCUGGUACCUGAGGAUGCCCCCAAAAUUUCAGUCAAUCUUGAAGAAAUCAGCUUUGAUAUGUUCCUUGAGCAUGAUGGGCAAUGUGUCACCAGGAUUUAUGCCUGCUCACCUGCUGCAUUGCCAGCCCUUCUAGACGAUAAAUGGCGGGAAGCUCGAAAGAUUAGCCUCUUAUUCAGAUUUGCAGCACUCAUCACAGGAACACCAGGAAUCUGGCCAGGAUUCCAGAAUGCAGCAAUUACAUGCACUGAGAUAGUCCGACUGGUUAAUGACGACAGAAUUGCAAGGGCAGAAGGACGGCCAGCGACUACCGUCGACUCCCUCAGCUCCAGCAUUCGGUUUUGGCUUGGGACCAAAGGUUUUGAGAAGGAAGAAGAUAUUCUUCGCCUCCAAGAAAAAUCAAGUCUGGCCGAAGCCCUUAUGAUGGUCAUGAGUUUACUUCAAUGCCGGCCGAGCGACAUAAAGACAACUUUUCGGAAGAAAGCAGUGACUGCGAGUUUGGCUAGAAGAAGGGGUGUAUACACCAAAGAGCAGCUUGACCACGUAAAGAGUUUACUUGUCGAGCUUAACCCGAAAUGGUUCCCAGAUCAUACGUAUACGAAGAAGAUGCAAUCUACAAGCAAAUACAACAUUGAAGCCGACAAUCCGAAUGCGCAUCUCGAUGCUGCCAAGGCGACCGAAGACGCACAAUUGGAAGAGGCAAAUCCUCUCGACGAACCCCUUUCUGAUGGCCCACAGAAAGACGCUUCCAUCAAAGCUGCCAAAGGAGCCACGGUUAAGCAAGUGUUGCAAGCCGAGAUGGACCUCGACGAAGACCCUGAUGACAUCCCCGAGGAAAUUGUGACUGAUGACCCCAAUGGUUACCUUGAGGUGACUGCGGAGCAGUUGGAAGAAGCAGUAAAUGCUAUCGACCAAGACCUGUCCGAUGAUCCACAGGAAGACGCCGCCAUCAAAGCUGCCAAAGAAGCCAAGGUCAAGCGAGUGCUGCAAGUAGAGACGGAUCUCGCUGAAGACCCAGAUGCCCUCCUUGAGAUGGACGAGGAGGCUUUGGAAAAGACCAGGGAAAUCUCAUACGGUGUCCCCUUUCAAGGUCUCUCGCAAAAGCGUCCUCCUGCAAAUGCCGUGCUUGUUCCGGUAUACAAAACAAGGAUGGAACUACUCAACGGCGGCCGCCUUUAUAAAGGGUGUAGGAGAAUAGAGGACACGAUUACUGCUAUGUUGCCCAUGUAUGUUAUCGCAAGUGUUAAAGCUCAGCCUGGACAGCUGGAUGCAAAACACGAUCUGCUAGUUCGGGCGGAGCUCAAGCCAGCCGGCGAAAGACACCCAAAUUGCUGGGCCACACAGGCUCGAGAUAGUGACCCAGGUGCCCGUCUCGCAAUCACUGUGACUAGAGAAGAAGGAAAUCGGUGGAUCACGACCUAUGCUACCAACGAUGGCCCAUGGGCCCCAUACAAAGCCAACACAUUUGUGGAUUGGCUGACUGGCGUUGAGUACAUACGUAUCGCCCGAGAGCCUAGAAGAUUCCUCCAUUUCCAACCAUCAUUGCAAAAGAAUCUGCCUGAGGAACUGCAAUACUUCGUUGGGGGAGGUUACACUAACGAUGAGGGGGAUCGAUUCAAGAAUCGGAAGAAAAAUACGCAUUCAGCUCGUGUAGCCUUAAACCAACACCUGCCACAGGCAGCAAGCUCUCUACCCGGUUAUGAUCAACACUCGGACUACCAGGGCGAGGAUAGCGAAGACGAUCUCGAGGUGUAA